UUGGCAGUGACAAGAGCUCCAAUGUCGUGUGUCAAAUCAACAUCAUCAUAGACAAGAGAAAGGCUCACUGUUGAUCAUAAACUUGUCUACAGGUCUAGCUGAGCGGAGCCGUGACAGACGUUGUUCUGAGAAGCAGCUGAAGAAACAUCUAACAUUACUAACAAGCGUGAUCUAACUGCAAAGAGAAGGGGGCACACCAGAAGCCUAAAUCUGCCAUCAACUUUUCGCCCCGCAGCCAAAAGUAAGGUGAGUAGGUCCGGGGUUGGAAAACUGGUACGGCCCCUUAUGAGCAACAUUUCCAUCGCAUCCACCAAUGACUCAAACCUUUGCUCUUGAGUUGACAGCCGCCCUCGCAUACCAUUGACCAGAAGAGGAACAGGUUGCUCUUUCAUUAAAGAAAGUCAGGCUCCACCAACAUCGGAAACAGACUAGAGCUGGAACCACAAAGUCUAUCAUGUUUUUGGGCAGAACCGUACCCUAUCGCACUGAAUCGUGAAUUCCUUCGGUGCCAUAUUAUUGACUUACUACUUUACUUUUUUCGGCCUGUUAUCUUAAGGUGUCUAGGGAAGAAACAAGCGUCAUUCUCUAGUUUGUUAAAGAUCUAUUGCCUGGUGCAUGGUUGCAUGGUUGUAUUGUUUUUGUUUAAUGCUUCUCUGGCCCCAUCUAUCCAUCUUUUCCAUCGUUUUAGUGGGACUGCGUUGAUUAUAGGCCUACUGUACGACCAGAGCUGAGUCAUGAAGAAAAGAAAAGACGGAGAGAGAAAAAUGAACAAGUUAGCCCAGAGCGUCGUGUACUAUGCGGAGAACGAACUACCACCCGGUCCAGGCUGCAACGUGCGUAUCUCAGAACUGAUGCCGAGAGCCGCCAGGGUAGGUCGCUUGAAGUGGAAGAGUAAGGCCCAUGAGUCACAGAGGCGGGAAUAUUAUCGCGAUGAUGGGAAAUCGGCGCUGCCUUCUUUGCCGCGUCAGCUGACGACAGCCGUGACGUCACGGAAACCUGGUCACGUGGUGUCUUCUAGGCGCGGGGUUGUGGAAAAGACGGGGGAGCUUCUAACUGGUCAGUCGUCAUCCUGUAGCUCCAGCGCUACUGUCGUGAGGUACAGGGGUUCUAAUCCCACAGCAAGCGCAGAGAGCUGCCAGUUCCCCGCCGUCAACGACGCUGCCUUGAGAGGGAAGGCCAGGGUCAAGGCUAGAGAUAGUUGUGUCCGCACGGACGUCGGGCUGGGGUCAGUGGCCGCGAGUUUUAUCUCUGCGACCACCCACCACCAGGGAGCGAUGGUCUCAGCUGCGGCCACCCACCACCAGUCUAAGGCCACCCACCAAAAGGGGGCACCUGUUUCUGCACCCACCCACGACCAGCUUGCGGCCAUCCACGAUCAGGGAGCCGGGAUCUCGUCGGUCGGCGUGAGGCCAAUAUCGGUGAGUGUGGCGGGCAACGCAGCGUCCUGUUGUCGCAAACGACACAACAAACAACGCAAACGGGGGUGUGGUAGUGGUGGUGGUGGUGGUAGUCACAGUUAUAGUGGAUGUAGUGGUUGUGAGAGUCACAGCCAGGUGUCACUGGUGAGUCACACGGCUGGCAUCACCACAGACACAGAUUCCUGCCGCAAACGUCACCACCGUCGUCACAUUAAACGUGGCAUCUGCCAUAAACGUCACCAUCGUCAAAAACGUGACUCGUGUAACAAACGUGACAUCUGUCACACGAGAGGACUGCCCACCGUAGGCACAUCUAGGGCGGUCACAGGCAGCUUCAAGACGACCAACCUCACCCUGUCCCCGGACCUGGGAUGUGCUGCAGCCGUCAGAAAGAAGAUAGUUCCUGCGUCAACAACGGCAACAACUACAGGGAUAACUUCUACGACUUCUACUACUAUAACUGCAACAACUUCCUCCAACACCGGCGCGAGACUGAUCCAGCCUCCAGCUUUUUCCUGUAACGAUAACAAGGCCGGGGGUUCUGUCCAUAUGAGGCCCAGUUCUGCACGAGUCAAGCGCCUGACUUCUGCUUCAUCAAUGGCGCCCGUCUCCACCUCGUCCAUGGCCUCUGUUCCCGCCUCGCUGCGCUCGCACAAGCCGUCCAGACGAUAUAGGAAGUGUAGGAAGCCCGGCUGUGUGUCGGUGGCCAGAACCGUUACUGUGUCCUCGUCGGUGCACCCGCCCGCACAGUCCGCAGGGAGACCAAUCGGGCGAGGGGUGUCUGCGUCAUCUCCCGUGCGUGACGUCAUCGGUGGUAUGACUACCCAGCCCUCGGCUCACUCCCACAGCCCUGUGAGAGCUACCAUCACCAGCACCGCGAAGGACUUGAGGUCAAAGGUGAAAAACGCGGCUGGGGGGAAGGACAAGCCUUCUAGCCUCGACCAUACCAGCCAUGUCGCCCCCUACACCUCCCCGCCCACACCUCGCAGUCGUCAUGGCAACACAAAGGCGCCAACACGCCCCGUCGCUCGCGCGCUGUCGCAGAAGAGCUGCGGCUUGAAGAGGCGGGCGGACACUAAGGUCAGCUCGGUGGGGUUGCGGCCGGUCGGGGCCGGGGCUGGGGGUGUGGUCACGGGGAUACACGCCCACCAAGAGAACAGUCUGAACUGGUCCAGUCCGCACAAACAGGCGGAGAAUCCAGGCCACUACGAGGACACGGAAGAAGUCCAGGUGGAGCUGAGGAAACACUGGACUCUGGGCCAAAGUCUGGCGGAGGACAUCGAAGCUGUGAAGGUGGAGAACCACCACAGGCAGCAGCAGCACAAGAGCAGCAAGAAGAUCAGCAGCAGCAGUGGUGGUAACAAGAAGCGGAUCGUUCGCUGCUCGGUGGCCAGCGCUAACUCAGGCGGCAAGCCAAACUCAAACACCCUUGGGCCCGCCCACCGAGACGUCAUCAAGGAAAAAGCACGUCUGUCGGCGGCCGCCGCCUUCCAGGGGAAAAUCCUCGCCGCGUCCCCCGCCGCGCGAGAAACCACCGCGCCUCCGUCCCCCGCACCGGCACGGGCGCAGCAGCUGUUGUCCAGGACGGGGUCGCCGUCUACUGGUUCUAGUUCCCCCGGCGGGGGUGGAGGAGGAGGAGGAGGAGGCAGCAGUCACACGACGACACCACGCAGCUCCAAGUCCUUGGUGGAGGAGUUCCGGGCCAGACUGAGGCGCGGGAAGGGCAAGAAGUCCAUCUUCCCGUCCAGCGUGCCCGUGGUGAGCUACAAGACGCCCGACUCGCGCCGCCAGCCCAAGCUCCGCAACAUCCCGCAGACGUACCAACAGCUAGGCUUGGCCCCUCUCACUCGCAGCCCGUCCAGCGAGAACUAUUUCCCUAGGAUCGCCUCCGUCCUGCGCGCCGGGCAGCACAGGCAGCAGACCUUGGGGAUGAGGCCCAAGAAGCCGAUCAAGAAGCAGCACAAGGUCAAGGCCGGGGAAAAGGGCAAAGGUCAGCGAGCGGGUGGAAAGGCCAAGAGGAAAGAUUCUGAUAGAGAAGUAACAACUGCGACAACAACAACAUCAAUAACAAAGUGGAGGCGGAGGAGGGGAAGGAGAAGUGGUCAUAGGAGCAGCGGGUCUAGUCUGUUCUCGGGAGGCAAGCGGAGGAGGAAGAAUGGGACGGAGAAGAGAGGCAGCUGGGGGGAGCUGUCGCUUGAAAUGUCCUCCGGGCUGGGGCAACCUUUGCCCCUUGUGCCCGCACGAUCUUUGACCUCGGCGCGGGCACGACCUUUGACCUGUCUUCGGAGACAGGCAGUCGUGCGCGGUCAACUGGCCCUGAUGUUCCCUGUGACUGCCUCCAUGACUGACAUGGUUGCGGCGUUCUGAGAGGGAGAGGGAAAACGUCUUCUCGCUAUUGUUCUUGUUCUUCUUCUUCCUCCUCCUCCUCAUCUUCUUC